AUGGUGUUCAAUUGCAGGCCACCCACCCGGCCUCCGACGCGACGGCCCCCUCCGGCGUACACGCCACCAGCGGCUGGACCUGCACCGCCUACUCCUGCGUACCAGCCACCUGUGUACCAGCCGCCUGUGUACCAGCCGCCCGUAGUAGUUGGCCCACCAGUGGUAGUCGGACCGCCUGCUGUGUAUAUUGGAACACCUGUUGGAGUCGGACCUGCGUACGGAAUCCCUCAGGUUUCUACGCCUUCUCCCGCACCAGCGAGGCCACCGACCAGGCGGCCUGGUCCUGCGUACACACCACCCCCCGCUUACCCGCCUCCUCCGGCCCCCCUCCCACCGCCUUCCUACGAGCCAUACCAGCCUCCUGCUGUGACGCCGGCACCACCCAGAGGCCCUUCACCCACUCCUCCUUUUGCAACCAGACCUCCGACACGAAGACCUUUCCCUACAUACCCUGCAGCCCCGCCAGCUCAAGAGCCAGCCCCUCCUGCCGCAAGACCUGCUUCGAGGCCACCUCUGCCGCCACCGCCGGUGCCGAGGCCACCGGUGUCCGGCUUGCCUCCGGCGUAUCCGCCUCCUCCUGCUUCCCUGCGGCCCGUGGCUCCGCCCACGCGACCACCGCCCGCGGUGUCCAGGCCACCUCCGCCACCUGCUAGGCCUCCACCUCCGCCUCCACCGCGGCCCAUCCCUCCUCCUCCCUCUCGAAGGCCGCCUGGAUCCCGAGUCCAGCGACCCCCUCCAGCGUACCUACCUCCGGACGAAAGCCCCGAUUACCCUCCCUUUGAGGGACCACCCUCUCGACCACCUCCUCCAAGGCGCCCACCCCCACCAGCCUAUCCAGCACCUGCAGCUCCGGCACCGCCAUCGUACCCGUCUCCAGUGCCGCCAACACCAGAGCCGAGGCCGCCCCCUCCCCCACCACCACGCAGGCCACCCGUCCAGCCUCCACCGGCUCCCCUUCCGAGACCGCCCGCACAAGCACCACCACAAUACCAACCCCCACCACCACAAUACCAGCCCCCACCACCCGUGUACCAGCCACCACCUCCUCCACCUGCUCCUAGGCCUCCAGCUAGAGCACCACCGGCGUACCAGCCACCCCCUCCGGUACCGAGACCACCACCACCACCACCUCCUGCCCCAAGGCCACCGCUUCCUCCCCCGGCUCCAAGGCCUCCAGCUAGACCACCACCAUCAUACCAGCCGGCACCUCCGGUUCCGAGACCACGACCACCACCUCCUGCUCCAAAGCCACUGCCUCCACCACCAGCUCCAAGGCCUCCAGCUAGACCACCACCAUCGUACCAACCACCACCUCAGGCCCCGAGACCACCCCUACCGCCUCCUGCCCCAAGGCCACUACCACCUCCCUCGGCUCCAAGGCCUCCAGCUAGACCCCCGCCAUCGUACCAGCCGCCACCUCCGGUUCCGAGACCACCACCACUUCCUCCUGCACCAAGGCCACCGCCUCCUCCCCCAGCUCCAAGGCCGCCACCUCCAGCUUAUCGACCCCCAGCUCCUGCUGCACGGCCUCCGCCCCCACCACCACCAGCACCAAGGCCGCCUCCUAGAAGACCACCUCCAUCGUAUCAGCCACCAGCCCCGGUGCCCACUCCUCCUCUAAGACCAGCGCCUCCCGUUUCGAGACCACCUGCACCACGACCACCUCCGCCCUCUUAUCCUGCACCCGCGCCUAGGCCAGCGCCUCCCAGACCCCAGCCUCGACCACCACCCCCCGCUCCCAGGCCCCAACCCCCACCAUCUCGACCCGUGCCGAGGCCGCAACCACCGCGCCGACCACCACCGGCUUACGUGCCCGGACCCGCCCCUGGUCCCGCGCCUGGCCCUUCCCCUCGUCCCGCUCCGAGGCCUGUUCCAAGACCUGGCCCCUCUCCGACGCCUGGAUUUGGACCUGGACCAGUCGUGUACCAGCCACCGGCUGUCUACAUACCAUCGACUGUGUAUGUGCCGUCUGUGAUACCGGCCCACGCACCACCACCCUCGUACCCGCCUCCGCCACCUCCUGCUGCGGCUGUACCGGCACCACCACCACGUCCGCGACCCCUGCCGAGACCCCCACCAUCCUAUACGCCGCCCCCAGCUGCUCCGAGGCCGGCACCGCCACCCCCUGCACCGAGACCUCCACCGCCACCACCACCUCCAAGGCCUGCACCCCCUCCCGUUUCUAGGCCACCGCCAGCAUACACGCCUCCGCAGGCGCCUCCAGCGCCUAGGCCACCACCACCCCCUCCUCCAGCUCCGAGACCACCCCCGAUAAUACCUCGGCCUCUACCACCACCUCCGGUGCCAAGGCCUUUGCCCCCAAGGCCUAGUCCACCUUACCAGCCUCCACCCCAGGGUCCUAGACCUGCUGGCCCACCUGCCUCGCCGAGAAGACCUCCACCAGAGUACAGGCCACCUGGCGGCCCACCGCAAGAGCAUCAUCCACCGGAUGACGAUUUGUUCCUAGUUGUGUUGCUUCCGAACGAAGGCGGAGGUGACGGCGACGAAGAGCUGCCCCCAGAACGACCCGCGCCGCCCCAGAGGCGACCCGUCCCUUCAGGAGGACCUCCCGAACCCCUGGGUCCUGCCAGGCCGGGCACUGGUUACCCUCCGGAGCCCCCAACUGGCCCACCCGUCGUGGUACCGCGACCCGACAGGCCCGGUCCGGAUGGCAGUUUCCCGCCUUGCAAAGUACAAGGAGAAAACUUCUGCGUCCUCACUAACGACUACCCAUCUGACUACGUGGGAAAGAUGGUGGAGCGCGACCUGAAGAAGAUCAAAAUCAUGUACGAGGAGCUGCAGACCGUAGGCGACCCCGAGCUCUUCCCCAACCAUCUGGGCACCGGGCCGGCAGCGCGCGGAGCCUUUGCCUGCGAGACCGACGCGAAAACGAUGCGGCCUGGCUGGGCCAAGGACGCCAUCUCUGGGGAAUGGAUGCUCGUCAUCAACACAGACGCCUUCCCGCAGAAAGUGCGAACAGAAAGUUGCAGCAAAGCAGCGCAGGACCGAGCUACCAUCUCCCCGAUGUGA